AUGUCGCGUACUGCUCGUUCAGCUAAGUUGCUGGCAUUGGCGGAUUCGGAUUCCGACGAACUUUCUGGUCUCGGCGCGAAAGUCAGCAGCGACAGCGCGUCGAAAGAACAUAAGAUGCCGCCGGCGAAGAAAGCCAGGGGCAGACCUCCGGCCGCCAAUAAAGUCACGAAGCCACCGCAAAGAUCAACGAAAACUCGUACAAAUACCAAGCUCGCAGCCGCAAUCAGUAAGAAAGAAGAGGACGAUGCCGUUGACGCAUCGACCAAGGUCGAUAGCGAAGCUCCGAAGAGGGGGCGCAAAACAGCAGCGAAGGACAAAGAAGAGGAUGAAGAUAUGGCCGGAACAGACGAGGAAGCUCCUUCUCCGGUGAAGUCGAGUGUCCCCAAGCCUAGAGGGCGCCCAAAGGCCAGGGCAGCAGCAACAUCCAAUGUAGACGAAUCGAAGGAGGUACCAGAUUCCGCCGUGAAGCACACCGCGCCGCCAGCCAAGCGUGGGCGCCGCCCUGCUACCAAAUCGACGCGAAACGAAGAGGCGGAAAUCCCGGAGACACAGCCUCAAGAUGCUAUGGACGUUGAUACGGAGGUUGAUGAUCAGUCCGAAGACCUGCCAGCACCACGACAACCCGCUCACCGUUCCAGUCAGGCCAGCGGGAGCUCAGACGUGGAAGCAAGCGAGGUGCAACUACGACGCCGGCUGGGUGAGACGACCAGGAAGUAUGAUCACCUUGAGGCGAAAUACCGUGAUCUUCGGGACAUUGGGGUCAAGGCAGCCGAACGCAAUUUUGACAAUCUUAAAAAGGAAACCGAGGAACGAGCAAACAGUCAUCUCAAGGCCGAUCUUGCCAUGCAGCGGGAUUUAGCAAAGGCAGGACAACAGCACAAGAAGCAGCUUGAAGAAAUGGAGGCGAAAGUAGCAGCUUUGACUACAUCGCUGGCCGAAGCAAAACAAGAAGUUAAGACGCUGUCGACGAGAUUAGCCGCGAGCAGGUCUGCUGAAGCUGCAGCAAGCGCUAAAGUGAUUCCUGGCAGUGCUGUCAAGGCUGGAAGCGCUGCAGCUGCUCGAGCUCUCGCUAGCUCAGAUGCGGUGCAAACGGGGCAAUUGAAAGAGGACCUUUAUGGCGAUCUGACUGGGCUGAUCGUCAGGGUCACGAAGCGCGACUCCGCUGGUCAGGUUUUUGACUGCAUACAGACGGGAAAAAACGGAACAGUAUCCUGCAGUACCCUGAGGACUGGUCUCCCUGUACUAACUGCUCUUCAAGCACUUCACUUCAAGCUCGAAGUCGAGAGUGAGAGUUCAGGCGAGAACUACGAAGAAGCACACUUCACGUACAAACCACAACUAGACGCAAACCGAGACCGCGACUUGAUCGAGAUGCUUCCUGACUUCUUGGUCGAGGAGAUCACAUUUCCUCGACCGCAUGCCGCGAAGUUCUACGCGCGUGUGGUCAAGUCUUUAACCGAGCGCCUCGAUUAG